GGCUCAGCGCAGCGGCAGCAGUAGCGCGCGCUCCCGCCGCAGCGUCCGACUCACGCGCUCUAUCCGCGCUCUCUGCUCCGGUGUCGCUCAGUCACUCCAUCAGUCCGGCUCGGUUGGAGAAGAUGAGUGUGAUUCCUGCACUGCCAUCUGCGAGCUUCACCUCCUCGCGCAGGGAAAAGAGGAAGUGAAUCUCUCUUUUCUCUUUAAAUCGGGGAAGCAGACGACGCUCAGCACUCAUUCAAUCUUAUUCGCUCUGUCUUUUUGUUGUUGUUGUUGUUAUCCCUUCUCUCUCUGCGCAUUUUCCCAUCCCGUCUUUCGUUUGGGGGGGAAACCGCACUGUUAUCCCAAACGGAAGGGAAUACCUGGGGCAUCGUUUUCGUGUCAGGCUCAGUCUUUCUUUUCCCUUUUCCUCUCUAAUCAUGGAAAACAUAAAUGUGGAGACGGUGGAGAAGGAGUGCGGCGCGCUCGGUGGACUCUUCCAGGCGAUUGUCAAUGACAUGAAGUGUUCAUAUCCGGUCUGGGAGGACUUCAGUGCCAAGGCUACCAAGCUGCAUGCCCAGCUCCGAACCACUGUGCUUGCAGCAGUGGCAUUUCUGGAUGCCUUUCAAAAGGUGGCAGACAUGGCAACCAACACACGAGGUGCCACCAGAGACAUCGGCUCAGCGCUGACCAGGAUGUGUAUGCGCCACCGGAGCAUCGAGGCCAAACUACGCCACUUCACCAACGCUCUGAUGGAAAGCCUGAUCACCCCUCUUCAGGAGCGGAUUGAAGACUGGAAGAAAACAGCCAAUCAGCUGGAUAAAGACCAUGCCAAAGAGUAUAAACGAUCUCGUCAUGAGAUAAAGAAGAAAUCUUCAGACACUAUGAAACUACAGAAGAAAGCAAGAAAAGGCCGUGGGGACCUGCAGCCUCAGUUAGACAGCGCCAUGCAGGAUGUGAACGAUAUGUACUUGCUGAUGGAGGAGACAGAGAAGCAGGCAGUACGGCGCGCCCUGGUGGAAGAAAGAGGGCGCUUCUGUACAUUCAUCAGCUUCUUGCAACCUGUAGUGAAUGGAGAAAUUGCCAUGCUGGGAGAGAUCACACAUCUGCAGGCUAUUAUUGAUGACCUCACUGUGUUAACGACUGAUCCCCACAAACUGCCUCCGGCCAGUGAGCAGGUGAUAAAGGAUCUGAAAGGUUCAGACUACAGCUGGUCCUACCAGACACCUCCAUCCUCCCCUAGUAGCUCCGGCUCUAGAAAAAGCAGCAUGUGCAGCAGUGUGAACAGCGCCCACAGUAGUGCCUCUCGUUCAUCGGGAGGCUCGCAAACUCACUCACCCAGUUCGUCCUGUCGCUACCGCAGCCUGGCACAUCCGCCUCCAGGAGGUGCCCACCGCCUCAGCAGUGUCUCCUCCCACGACUCGGGCUUCAUCUCUCAGGAUGCCAACAUCUACUCCAAACCCCCUUCACCCAUGCCCUCGGACAUCACCAGCCAGAAGUCAUCAAGUUCAGCAUCUUCAGAAGCCUCAGAAACAUGUCAGUCAGUGAGUGAAUGCAGCUCUCCUACAACAGAUUGGUCCAAGGCAGGAUUGCAUGAGCAGCCUGCAGCAAACACUCUCCAGAGGAGGAAGGAGACGAGAGAAUUGGAAUCAUCACCCCAGUCUCAAGGUUAUGCUGGGGUGCACCCUGAUGAUCCCCAGAGGCCCAGGAUGACCCCUGCCACAAUUGCAGCUAAGCAUGGUGAGGAGGUAUCCCCAGCAGCCAGUGACCUGGCCAUGGUACUUACUCGUGGCCUCAGUAUGGAGCAGCAAAAGAGCAGCAGAGACUCACUUCAAUACUCUAGUGGAUACAGCACUCAGACGACCACACCAUCAUGCUCUGAGGACACUAUUCCCUCCCAGGGCUCUGAUUAUGAUUGCUACUCUGUAAAUGGUGACGCUGAAGCUGAUGGCCAGCCUGAAUUUGAUAAAUCGUCCACAAUCCCACGCCACAGCAAUAUUGCUCAGAACUACCGCCGCAUGAUCCAGACCAAACGGCCAGCCAGCACGGCUGGCUUGCCCAGUGCCAUGGGUGCCCAGGGAGGCUCUGGUGGUGGAGGUGGAGGAUCAGGCACUCCCGGCACCGCCACUAUCCGCCGAACACCUUCCACAAAGCCUGGUGUGAGGCGCACCCUCUCCAGUGCAGGACCCAUCCCUAUCCGGCCACCCAUAGUGCCAGUUAAGACACCCACUGUGCCUGACUCACCUGGUGGCUACCCAGGACCUCCAGCGCGUGUGGGCAGUGAGGAGUGUGUGUUCUACGCAGCAGAUGAUGCCUCUCCUGCUGCUCUGGAGUAUGUGAAGGCUUCACCGAAGCGCCUGAGCCUGCCCAACGCAGCUUGGGGCACAGCGGGUGCUGAGAUGAGUGUUUAUGGGCAGCCAGGAGAAGAAGACCAGCUGCUAGCCGCUAACCGUCACAGCCUGGUGGAAAAAAUUGGUGAGCUGGUGGCCAGUGCCCAAGCCCUGGGAGAUGGCCAAUACCCCUUUCCGUCAAUGGCACCAGAGGGCCAGACUGAUCCACAGAGUAAAUGUCCCCCGCAGGAAGGAGAGGACAUGCUGGUAUCUAUCCGUCGAGGCGUCCGGCUGCGCAAGACUGUCUCCAAUGACCGUUCGGCACCACGCAUAUUGUGACAGAGAGGUAAAUGAAGGUGCAGCAUAAAAAAGUCUGCGCUCUGCACUCUGCGCGGACUCUGUAGAGAACCACCUACGAAAAGAAGAGGAUUAAAAAAAAUCAAUUCAGUGUUUAAAAGAAGUCGUUAUAGUAAGUAACGAUCAUGAGAAAAAAAUAGAAGAAAAAUUCUAAAUAACAACAGGCUCAGGCCACUGUAACUUGUAGCGUGUCUGGACGCAUGUUUGUCUUAUUAACACUACCCAUCAUGGCAGGAUAGUCAGGCUCUAGCAAGACACUGGACAGAUUCAAGAACAAGGAAUUGGGACAUUAGGGGACAAGGAUCUUUGAAAACACAAAACAUCCCCUAAUUCUGGACUCCAGGAAUUAGUGCUGGAAAAGCUCAUCUAAUGAAUGGAGGACUGUCGGGGUGCACAGUCUCGUUAAGACAGUUUCCCUGUACUUCACCCCACUGCCACCUCCAGUUCUGUGACAUCACACUGCUGGCUGAAACAACGGCUACAGAGCUGUCUGUGAUUGGUCAGUGUGGCUGUCAUUUAGGCUGAAGAUGAGCAGAGCUCUGCUGCAGGUCAGCUUGUGGUUUUGGAAAUUAUCUUUUAGCAAACAUCUGUUAGCUUGUUUGUUUAAUUCUAAGCAAAUAAUCUUGAUUGCAGAUCCUGAAGUGGAAGGUGUUUAUCAGGUGUAUGUAUUUUUUAGAACUGACCUAAAAAAAUGCCAAUAUAAUGUGGAGCAAUAAUAUUUCUGUUCAACAGCUGAAGAAAGACAGAAUUACAAGAAUAGUUUUUAAUGCAUGUAGGUGCAGAGGUUGUAGACAGGGCAAAGCCUUGGGUAAUUUUGUUCUGCUUGUGAUAUUUGGGGAAGGAAGUGGAAGCCAAGAAAAGCAAAGGGGAAGCCAAGCACUUUGAAAACAUAGUAUUGGCCAUUAGGGGUCAGUGUAGCUGCACUGUGUACAGUAGGUGCUGAGAGAAGAGCUGCUUACCCUAAAGCAAGGGGGCAAACUCAGGGCAUGUAGGGCUAAAGUCCAGCACAGUUUGGUGAUCUGUGCAUGUUGUUAAAGUAAAUAACUUUAACAAAAGAUUAUUUUUAGAUAAAAAGAUCACCUAUUUACAUGGCUGUCUAGAAUCUGCAGAGAGAAGCAAGUGAUAUAGCCAGAGGAUGAUGAAGAACUGUCAUAAGGAUGGUCUGAAUUGAUUUAGUUUUUUACUGUUCAGGGUGGCCGAUAAAAGUUCAUAAUCUUCAGCGCUAACACUUGCGAGCUGCUUACCAUGAGCAAACCUGACAGGAUUUUUCAAAAGUUUAGGUAAUACUGAUAAAUGUUCAUAAUCCACAAGGCUAAGGCUAGUUAGCUGUCUAGCAAGAGUUACAGGAUUUCUGAGUGGAUUUUUAAGUAAUAUUUAUAAAUGUUAAUAAUAUUUAAUGCUAAAUUAACAAAUCAAGUCAAAUCAAGGAUAACACUGGCUAGCUGGCUAACAUAUAUAACUUGAGAAGAUAUCGGAGACCUCUCUGAAUAUAGCUUUGAAUGCCCACUCAGAAAUAUUUGAAGGGCGUGUUUUAAGAUCUGACAAGACAUUUUCCUGCUCCAAAACUAAUUCAUUACCAAGUGAAAAAGAAAAGAAGAGGGUAUUAAAAAAUACCUACCACAUGUAGCAGGUGUAUGUGAGCAGAAAAAUCACCAAACUGGACUGACCUCUGGCCUAACACAGCUAUAGUUGAGCACCCCUGCCCUAAUAGAUGCAGAAAGAAUUUACAAAUGGCGUGAUAUUGAAAUGAGUGAAAAAGAAAGUGAAUCAGAUGUGAAAAUGAAUGAGUGAGUUUGGGUAGUAAUUGAUCUUUUUUAUAACUCUUCCAAAUUGAGAAUAUAUCUUUUUUUUAAUGAAUUGAGGUGAGUUGGUCUCACCUUUAGAUCCUGAGCCUCCAACCACACUGCUCUGACUCAGCUAGAAAUCCUGGAGGUUGGUAUAUGAGCUGAGAUGAAGGCAUAAACCUGGUAGUCGUAUGAAAACAAAAGGAAAGUAAUUGUGUAGGGUCUGGUGUGGACCCACAGAGAGAAAUGAGGAGGAGAAACACAGAAGGCAAAGGAUAGACAUCCAGUGCUUUAUAAUGUGAGCAUUCCACUGCCUGAUAUAGAAAAUAGGACGUGUUAUGAAAUUAAACAAUGUGGCAUUUUAUAAAAUAUCGCAUGGACACAGAGGUUUCCUGUGAGUACCCAUUUCAAAGUGUGAUGGGAAAGAUUGCCUUUUGGAAUUGGAGUGGGUAAUAGGUGGCCAAAACACUGUUUUAGUCCUGUAGUAUCUGUCUGUAGAGUGACCUUCUGUGCUCCCAUGGUUCACUAUAACCCCUGCCGUCUCGCAUAGUUCUGUCGCUCGAAAUGACCACUACAUGUGCGACUAAAUGGACACGUAAUACUUAUUAAUAUUUCCUGUUUGUUUUGGGAUUAUUUAUUUUGCAUAAAUAGAGCACUCUGUUUUAGGAAUGCCUGUCUUUUAGGAAUUUAAAAAAGUGUAUCUGCUUUGCAAGAGUGUAUACGACUGUACCAGAAGGAAUAGUGUGAGAAGGGCAUGAGACUGGCAUUAUGUGCCAGGUGCAAUGAUCACUCUUUCAGGAAGUACAGUAUACAGUGUUCUCCAGAGCAAAGAAGGCUGUGAAAAAUUGCCUCUUUUGUUUAACCUUUUGUUUAAAAAAAAUCACAAAAAUGAUCCGCUGUCAAGGAUAUCAAACAAUUGCAAACAAAACACAGGUUUAUCUAAAAAAAAAAUCUUUGUUAAAAAUAGGUAUGCAAUAAUUAUUGGCAUCCUUUUAUUCAAUACUUUGUGCUACCUCCCUAUGCCAAGAUAACAGCGCUCAGUCUUCUCCUAUAAUGCCUGAUGAGGUUGGAGAAUACAUGGCAAGGGAUCUGAGACCGUUCCUCCAUACAGAAUCUCUACAGAUCCUUCAAAUGUCGAGGUCCACGCUGGUGGACUCUCCUGUUCAGUUCACCCCACAGGUUUCCUAUGGGUUUCAAGUCAGGGACUGGGAUGGCCAUGGCAGGAUCUUUAUUUUUGUGGUCAGUAAACCAUUUUUUGUUAAUUCUGAUGUAUGUUUUGGCUCAUUGUCCUGCUGGAAGAUCCAACCACAGCCCGUUUUAAGCUUUCUGGCAGAGACAGUCAGGUUUUCAUUUAAUCUGUUGAUAUUUGAUAGAGUCCAUGAUGCCAUGUAUUCUAACAAAAUGUCCAGGUCCUCUGGCAGAAAAGCAGCCUCAAUUCAUUAAAGAACUGCCAACAUAUUUAAGUGUGGGCAUGAGGUACUUUUCCAUAUGGCCACCUCUCUGUGUGCGCCAAAACCAUCUCUGGUGAACCCGAUCCCAUUUGAAGUUCCAGUAGUGUCUGGCAAACUGAAGAUGCUCGAGUUUGUUUUGUUUGAUGAGAGUAGAGGCUUUUUUCUUGAAACCCUUCUAAACAACUUUUGGUGAUGUAGGUGAUUUUGGAUUGUAGUUUUGGAGAUUUUCUGACCCUAAGACUCAACUAAAUUCUGCAAUUCUCCAGUUGUGACCCUUGUAGAUUUUUUGGCCACUUCAACCAUCCUCUUCAUUGAGUACAUUGAGACAAUCUAGACAUGCGUCCAGUGUGUUCCAGGUUGAGUCAUAACAUUUCCAGUUGACUCAAACUUCUUAAUCAUUACCCUGAUGGUGGAAAUGGGCAUGUUCAAUGCUUUUGCUAUUUUCUUAUAGCCAUAUCCCAUUUUGUGACGCUCAACAACCUUUUGCCAUACAUCAUAGCUAUAUUCCUUGGUCUUAACCAUUGUUAUGAAUGACUAAGGGAAUCUGGCCUAUGUGUUACCUCAUAUUUUUACUCCUGUUUCAUUGUUACCCCUGUUUAUCCCUGUUUAACUCAUGGUUGAACAAUUUCCUGUUCCUAGUCACUCAGGUGUACUAAAAAAAACAAAAAAAAAAAAAACAAAUAUCAAUGGGAAUGUAAAUAUAUUUUUCUCAUACGUAUUCAUAGUGGUGCCAAUAAUUGUUGCACACCAAUGGUUAACAAAGUUUAUAUAUAUAUAUAUA